AUUUCUCAUAGAGAUUUUUUUGCCAUGCCAACAACUUCUCAUAGCAACUUCAUUCCGUUCUGCUUAGAAUUUGGAACUUGGAACUUGGUUACAUUGAGUCAUGGAGUGAAGCCCUUAUUUUUGAAGGGACGAAAUGUAACCGCUCGCACUGAAUGACAUGUCUGGGGAAGAAACAUUGCAACCUGGAAAAGCCAUGGAAACCUCCCAAAAUCAGUUUAUUCGCAGACCCACACGGUCGUCAUUACGAAUUUCUCAAGCCAACUCUAAACCAAAGGCAAUAGAUAUAAGUUCUGAAGAUGAAGCCAGCUUCCCCAACUACCCUGAAGACUGGAGUGAUACAGAACAAGAUGAUGGUUCCGAGUUUGCUGGGAUGUUUCUGGACAUUGACGUCCAUGAAGACCAUGAAAGUAGCCUAGAGGCACCAGAAGAAGAGCCACCUCUGCAUGCAGAACAAUUGAAACCAAAAGGCAUUAUAGCCAAGCUAUCUCAGAAACUUAACUCCAAGUUAAAGGCUGUGUACGCUCCACGCCCAACUGAUUCCCUUCUAGCAUGUCUAGAACCUGAGGUAACCGUGGCUACAGGUGGGACUAUUACAUCUGGAGGGGUUCAUGUUUGCCCAUGGUGUCCUCUUACUUCCUCAUCAUUAGAAAUUCUUGAAAACCACAUUACAACCUGCCAUCAUGUGUCAGCUGGUGAACAAACUGAUGAAGGCACAUCAGAACAUCAACACAUUUGUAACGAAUGUGGUAAAGCUUUUGUCAAAAGUUGCCAUCUGAAACGUCAUUAUAUCAUCCAUACUGGAGAGCGACCAUUUAUUUGUGUCGACUGUGGGGAACGCUUUGCAACAUCAAGCUGCCUAACAACUCAUCGAAGAGAGCACACCAGUGAACGUCCCUUCAAUUGUAAACAUUGCUCGAAAACAUUUUCUUCCAUUUUCCUUCUCAGGCUCCAUCUGAAAAUUCAUGAAGCUGAGAGACCAUUUGAAUGCUCUAUUUGUGGAGAACGUUUUACCAUGAAGAGCUACUUGAGGAUCCAUCUGAACGGUCAUAUUGGUGACAAAGCUUUCAUGUGCUUCAACUGUGGGGAUGGAUUUGCUACAAAAGAUGACCUAAUGGAACAUCGCCAAAUUCAUACUAGUAGCAGUGCAGAAUGCCACAAAUACUAUUGUGAACAUUGUGGACACUCAUUCCAACAGAAACAGAACUUCAAUAACCACAUGAGAGUUCAGGAGGGUGACAAUCACCCCUGUUAUCUGUGUUUCAAGCAAUUCCCACAGUUCAAUAAAAUGAAGGCACAUAUGCGUUAUCAACACAAAGUUGAACCACCAGAUUCCAUGUGUAAAAAUACAGGAGUCUUUGUAUGUCUGCACUGUCAAAAAGAAUUUGGCCAUGUUGUGCCUUUGAAGCGUCACUUACGUGUUCAUUCUGGAAAUAAGCCAUUCAAAUGCGCGGAUUGUGGAGAGAGCUUUCGUGGAGGGAAUGACCUAAAAGUUCACAUUCGAAUCCAUACGGGAGAGCGUCCGUUCACUUGCCCUGAAUGUGGGGAGAGUUUUACUCAAAAAGGCAAUUUGACAGUGCACAUCAGGACCCACACAGGAGAAAGACCUUUUGAGUGUGACAUUUGUGGUCGUUGUUUCCUGAAGAGCAGUAAUUUAAAAGAACACAUGAAAGUCCAUCAAGAUGGAAGAGGGAAGAGGACAGGUGUGGCUGCAGGGGGAAGACCACCUCGUUUCUUAAUUGAGCAAGAGCAGCUUGAAAGAAGGGGAUAUGUUACAGUGACAGCUGAUAGCAAUGUUCCAACAGCUGAGGUCUCAGUUGUCAAGAGAGUUUCCGAAAUGGCAAAGGAAUCAAGCAUUUUCAGAGCAGCCAUAGCUGAGCGUUUGAAAAAAACAGGAUUUGUGUCAAUUAAGAAGAAUGAAGUGAAUUACCAAACCACCCAUGGAGAUAAUUUUGGUGAUAAAAUUGCUGAGCGCUUGAAGGAAACUGGGGUACUUUCAUUUGGGAAUGGAAAAAUAUCUUUGAAACUUAUAAAUGUGAAGAAUGAUGCCCACAAUAAUUUAGCUUGAAUUUGAAUAUGUGUAAGUUAAUUAGUCAAUUCAAAGCUUUUGCACUGCCUGGUCAUGGGAUAGUUAGAAUGUGUUUCCACUUUUCAAUUGGAAUGAUGUAUUUUUAUGUUGAUUUUUGGUAUCAAGUUAUUAGUCCAAUGAAUAAAUUGAAUAAAAAAACCAAAUUCAGUUUAUAGACUUUUGCAGUUAUUCUGGUGAAAAAUCUUUCUGUUAUCAUCUCAACUAUUUAAAAUGAGCAAAGGCCAUAUUGGCACUUGUUUUCUGCAUUAGUUUAUCAAGUCAGGCUUACUAUUGAGAGCUGGUUUGACGUGCCCCUUUGUAUGUUCUUGUCGUUUUACUUCUGUUUGUUUUUAGGGUUGGUAGGUAGACAUGUGCACUGUUCGUCAUUAGUAAGACUGCAAUAUUUUAGUCACUUUAUGUAGUCAGUUUGUUUUUGUGUAGUUGAAUCACCCAGCUAUAAUCAGGGGAUAAAGACUCUUGUCUCUUUUCAUUUAAAGAUCUAUAUAUUUAAAUGAAUUUAACUAGUUUGAUACCAAUGCCAAAACCUGCCAUGUGAUUCAUGUAACAAAGUUUGUUCUUUUUUGUUGUUGUGAUUUUACACCAAUUAUUUUGUUAGUUGCUUGAAUAUAGUUUAUCCCCGCUUGCAUAUUCAAAUUAUUCAGUUAGGUUGUUCUUUUAUUUUGGUUGUUUUUUUGUGUUUUUUUUUUUUCAGUCUUAGCAGUAAAAUUGUUAAUGGUCAUAGUAUUUUGUUGUUAAAGUGUAAAGGAUUUUAGGGCUGACAUCUUUAUCAACCACCUUAUUAGUCACUCUGUUACAUGGUGAAUAUGUUACCAACUUUGAUAGUCUUGCUCAAUCUUUCAAAGAUUUUAUUCAUUGUGAACAUUGUUAAUUGUCCCUCUUAAGUGUCAUUAUAUGUAGCCAUGAAUCUUGUCAAAAGUCUAGAAAUAAAGUGUGAAAUACUUGUCAA